AUGACAAGCGGGCACCUUCCUGCUUCGGUGGUUCUCAGCCAGCGGCCACGGACAAACAUCUACGAGCUGCCCGAUGCGUCUCGAGAUGUCCUAGGUGAGUACAUUGCCAUUCUGGCCACGCCAGUGCCAGAGGCUACGAGGCAAUCAACGCAGUACUACCAGGCAGUCGGGCAGCGCACCAUCAUGAAGAGGUACGACCAAGUUGGAGGCCGAAUGGCACUCUUCUUUGAUGAUGGGGCAGUCGGGGGUCCUUCCGGCUGGUGGCUGUCCCAGGAGUCUGCCUUUGGCGAGAGCUGCCUUCUCUGGUGCGCAG